AAAUCGCUCUCUUAGACAUAGGUCGCGACUGUAACUAACGCAAAGUACAAUUGUACAACAUCCCUGUUAUACACACACAUAUACAUUCCUUACUCUCAACAAAAUGUCCUUAAUCCUUUCGCUCUUUUAUUGGCAUUUUCUUAAUUUCCCCUUGACACUGAAAAAACAACGUGAAUUUCCAGAUGUUUAGCAUGUGUGUCUGUCUGCAACUGUGUGUGUGUGUGUGUAUCUUGAAAACAAUCUUAGAACAAAAAUUUUUAAAACAGUAUCGUGUUAACUGUUGAAUACAUCAAUUUAAAUUUGAAAAAAUGUUAAUAUUAGAAAAGUAAAAUUAAUGCGGGAAAAAUGUCUACGGUGAAAAAAGAGAGAAAUAGUCGUGUUUCUAAAGCGUCCGCAGAAAGUAAGGAAUACGUGGUGGAAAAAAUUCUAUCCCGACGCAAGCGCAAUCGGAAAGUACAAUACUAUCUCAAGUGGAAAGGUUUUGAUGAUACCGAAAAUAGCUGGGAAUCAGCAGAAAACUUGAAUUGUAAACAUUUGAUCAGCAUAUUUGAGGCGCAAAGAGCGAAAACAACUCUUAAGGUAAAAGUGAAUAUAGAUUCUGAGAGAAGUUUGAGAACACGCAAAACAUUGAAUACACAAACAGUAGAAGCAACUAAACCAGUAUUGGAAGAAAGUGAAACUGAUAAAGAAAAUUCGGAAGAAAUCAAAGGCAGUUCAAUAAAACCUUUAAAAACUAAUACCGAAGAAGUAGCAACAAAAAUCAAUGAAGAAGAACAACCGAAACCCACAACAACAGUUGCUGUUGCAGCCUCCGUUAUCGCAAAACCAACUAAAAAUGCAAAAGUUUCCGAAAAUACCUCAACAAUUACAAAUGAACCCAAAGAACCUGCAGCGAAAACUGUAACAACCUCUAAAUCUUAUGAACUUAUCAAUGGAUCACUAUUGGUUACAGAUUUUCUAAACAGACCCUCCGUUCAAACUGGUUUUGAUAAAAACCUUGAGGUGGAAAAAAUCUUAGGAGCUACAAAUUUUGAGAAUCGUCUCUAUUUAGUCGUAAAAUUUCAUGGUGAUGAUGAACCACAAUUGAUAUUGAACACGGUGGUAAAUCGAAAAAUUCCUCAAAUGGUGAUAAAAUUCUAUGAAGACUCUUUGUCUUGGGAUACGGACGAUGAGCAAGGAUAAUUAAUUGUUUUCGAAAGUUAUGUUAAGUUAAAAGUUUUUAAAAUCGUAAAUUUGUUAAAUUACAAAAACAA